AUGACCGAAUGCUUCACGGACGACGGACGACCCGCAAAGACCCCACGGCCCCAUGGCGGCCGUCCAGGACGCCCGCGCGCGCUGUGCGCCUCCUACGCCAGCUCUCUCCUUGCGCUGUGGCCACCUGGGCUCUGCUCCCGUGGCCCCGCUCUUCUGACACGUCUGUCCUGCGGCCCCGAUGCCUCCGAGUCCGGCAGGCACUCUUCAGACUCCCUUGUCCGCGUGUGGCGCCCACGGCCUCUCACUCCCGAGAGCCCCCGCUGCCCCAGGAUCCGGCUUUGUGACUCAUUUACAUUCCCCUCCUGUCUCCUGGAACAUUCCUUCCCCGUGUCUUUUCCUGGCUCGUCGGAACGUUCGUUCGAGGGGGAGAAUGUUGGCGGCGGAGAUGGAGAGAAGUGCUUGGCAGUAAAUGGCCCAACGUCUUGCCUUGGAAGCGCCUGCAGCCUCCCGCUAACAGCGUCUGCUGUUCCAUGGGGUCGGGUGGAUGGCGGGCUUCUCUGUGACCUGCGGCCGCACCUGAGCAGUGACCCCGCUCCAGCGUCCACGCAUAAGUGCAGACUUCAGCACAAACGCCACUUCCUCCUUGAAGCCCUUGCAGAUUCUCCUGCAGGAAACCACCCCGCGGCCUCUGCACUGCAGCCCCACCUCUGCGGCUCUUCUGGAACAUUCGUUACCAUCCAGCUCGCUCCGCUGUGUCUUCCGUCCACGCUCACGUGCUUCCCGGCCUGGCUGUCGGUUCCUCGCUGGCCGCCGGGAGUUCGUUCCAAGUUUUGCUUUUCCCUGGUACUUAGCCAGUGAUUCAAGUGGAGGGGGUCCUCGAUAAAUAGUCGGGUAAUGAUCGCAUUGUGGGGGGAGUGGCGAUCUGAGAAGAAAUCCGAUCCGGGCUUAAAAGCUCCCGUCUCAAGCUUGUGGCUUUGGAAGAGAGGAGAGUAAACUUGGUUUUUAUUGAA